AAAGCUCGCGGGGUCGGGACUCGGGACGAGCCGGCGACCCCCAGCCGGGCCGGACUCGGUUUUCUGACGGGGACUAUCUCCGGUCCCAUCAGUCCCGCUCUGAACCGCUCAGCAGGUCCGCCGAGUACCUGACGGCGCACCUGGGCCCAGCAGCUCGCUGUGACGUCAUCGGUGACGUCACAGCUCGGCGGCGGAGUCUGGACGACCGGGUUUUCCGGCGGCAGGGGAGAGCGAGGUCGCCCGGCGAGCGGUGACGUCGAGCGGGCGAGGGAGGAGGGCUGUCGGCCGGCCGGCUGGUCAGACCAGUCGAGCUCGGCGUGCGGGCAGGAGACGCUGUCGGAGACGGGGACAGGAGACGCUGCCGGAGACGGAGACAGAGACGGGACCUGACCAGCUGGGACCAGAGUGAUCAACGUUCUUACAUCGUGAGCUGACAGCUGGGAGAAGCUCAGAAUGCAGAUGGCUACAGCGGCCCUGUUACUGGCGGGCGUGGCGCUUGCCAACGGACAGGCGAUCACAUUCGGCGGGGAGUCGAGCGGACCGGCGUCCUGCCGCGACUACCUCGGCCGGCAGGGGCUGUGUGACGAUGUGUUCCAGUGUCCGGCCUUCCUGGAGAUCCUCCGGAGCCGGCCGACGUCGGCCGAGCUGAACCCGAUCCGGAGGAGCGUCUGCGGCCAGCGCGGCAGGCAACCCCUGGUUUGCUGCGCCAAGGACACACCUACACCACCGACCCGUCCGACGCGACCUCCUACGAGCGGCCCGUUCACCGGCGACCCAGAGCGCCACCCGAACCGGGGUCUGCUGCCGGACCCGAGUCGCCUGGAGUGCGGCACAUCCGACUUCACCAUCAAGAUCGUGGGCGGCGUGGUGGCCGACCUGGGCGAGUUCCCCUGGGUGGCCAUGCUCGGAUAUGAGAGGUCCGGAGCGGCUGAGGUGGACUUCAACUGCGGCGGCGCGCUCAUCAACGAGCGCUACGUGCUGACGGCGGCCCACUGCGUCACCGGCCUCCCCACAGAGUUCCGACUGGCCAAACUGCGGCUUGGAGAGCACGACCUCACCACGGACCAGGACUGCAUCAACGGCGAGUGCACGGGCCCGGUGCAGGACUUCACACCGGAGGAGGUGAUCUCUCACAAGGACUACAACAGCCCCGAGAGGUUCUGGAACGACAUCGCGCUCAUCCGGCUCGACAGGCCCUACGACCAGGCGCUCGGCUCGGCCAUUCGGCCCAUCUGCCUGCCGUUCGGAAGCUUCGGAAAGGACCCGCUCGAUGACAAAAAGUUCGUGGUGGCUGGAUUCGGACUGACGGAAGCAUUCGGCGACUCCAGUAACGUCAUGAUGAAGGUCAACGUGCCUCUGUUCGACGCCAACAACUGCUCGCAAGUGUUCCGCCGCAACCAGGCCAAGAUCGGGCCCACGCAGCUGUGCGCCGGCGGGGCGCGCGGCCAAGACUCGUGCUCGGGAGACUCUGGCGGCCCCCUGAUGGCCACUACCCGGUUCGGGCCGCCCUACCACGCCGUCGGCGUCGUCUCGUUCGGUGUGACCCGCUGCGGCACGGCCAAUGUGCCCGGAGUGUACACCCGUGUCUCAGAGUACCUCAACUGGAUCAUGGAUAACAUGCGGCCCUAGGAGGGCGUAAAAAGGGUAGAAGAAAGGAGGGAGGAAAGAGGACGGAGGGAGGGCGAGUAGAGAGAAGAGGGAGAGGGAUGCAAGGGGUGUCGAGUGGUAUGAUUGUAACGGAGACAUAUUAGGAAGGUACGGCACGGUAAUGUAAGGACAAAAUGAAGAAGGAAGUUGAAGAGGUAAACGCUAUGCCCGAGAGUGUGUGUGUUUGUUGACGAUGUACGCCUGCUAGAGGAAAAAAUGGAACGAAGGCAGAAUACCUGCACUAGGGACAGCAUAGUGAAGGGAGCCACCUUCCGCACUGUGAGAAAUGAGAUAAAGAUAGAGGAGUGAAAUAGCGGCAAAGCUCCCAUACUGUGACACUGUCACCCUGUCCUGUGCGACCUCCACGUUAUCAGAGAACUGUGUGCCUGUGCUGUCUGGGGAGGAUACAACGCCGCACGCUGGACGAUGUAUCGGGCUGUGUAAAUAUCUGAGGAGAAUCGAGCCGAGUCUACGUCUUAUGGAUUGCGAUAUUGUCCAGCCAUAUAGCCAUCGAUGGAAGCUACGUGUAGAGUUGAGUUUUCACUCUUCGAGCGUGAAGCCAGCAGGAUCGAGAACUCAAUAACGACCUCGAUAUUCAAGCGAGCCGGUUUUAUAGCUGAAUUUUUUACUAUCACGCAUGCCGAUUUUUUUAUUGGAGGUUGCUAUGCAACACAGGUUAGGUCCGCGUUCACACAGCAGCAUUGCCUAGAGCACUGCGCAGUGCUUCAGUCAUUGUGUGCAAACGCGCACUUCUCUGCUGGUGCAGGUCUGUGGGCUGCUUCGGCUUGGUUCUACGAGUGCGUGCGUUCAUAGAAAUACAUUGUAAUACAUCUUUUACAUCCUA